AUGCAUGACAAGCAGAAUGAUCUCAACCGUCUUACAGAUCAGUGUGUUCGGUUUCGAGAUAAGAACCUUGCCUUUACGGAUAUAACCAUCGAUGACGUCACCAAUUUUUGUGUAUCACAAGCUAUGAAAACGAUCCAAAGGAGAACACAAAAAUAUGACUUUUCUACGCCUGUUACUUUGUACAUUCUUGAAUUAUACCGGAAGAUGUUACAGCGCAACACCGGAAGUAAUAGCCUUCGUCCAUUAAAACGACGGGAAAUUACACCAAACAUGAGUCGUUAUGACGCCCUUACAGAGUUGUAUAUAUCAUUAGCGAAUGACAGUCCAGCAUUUCUUAUACAGCACCGAACUUUUCUUCUAUUAGUUGAAGAAGCUUUGGAAAGACACCUUCCAUACUGGGAUAUCCGAAUAGACCAAAAUAUGUCCGACCCUAAAACGUCUAUCAUCUGGACACCGGAAUAUUUCGGAGAUGGGUUAGGGACAGUUGUUACUGGACAAUUUUCAAACUGGAUGUCUAGAAACGGUUUACCGUUAUCGAGGGAAAUUGGAAAGAUUGGAACUCUCUUCAGCCAAGAACAUUUCGACCACAUUAUGUCACUUCAAAAUCAUUAUGAUAUUCUAGAGCCAAACAAAUUUCCUCAGAACAGCUUGGAGUUCUUAAGCACCGGGACGAAACUGUGGGUGAAGGGAUUAUCCACUUCUGCUGACAGAUUUACGCUUGACCCUGUCGUUAUCAUGAUUGAUGCUUUUAUCGACUACGUUUGGGAAAGUUUCUGGAAGCAGCUUGAAGUAAAUUCCAUAGAUCCUAGAGAUGACUACGAAGGACAAAAUGAUCUCGAUCUCGACAUAUUUGAGAAGAACGUGUUAUAUAACCAUCGAGAUAUGUAUGAUCAUUCCCUACCGUGUAAAUCAUGUGAUACAAACAUUGAAAAUGUAUGUAAAGAAGCCAAAUGCCAAGUAAAGGACAAUGUUUUGCUUCCAACGAAAAAAACAACAAAAACACACGAAACUACAUUUCAUAUUGGAACUAAAAACCACAGAGUAAAACGCAACACAAAUAACGUGUUGAAUUGGGAUGCCAUUUAUGAUUUUUUCAAUCGUUUACGAUCUUCAAGACUGGUUAUGAGAAAUAGGUUAACUGGUCCACAGCGAGCAAGAGCCGCCAUUGCAGCGAUUGGACCACUUCCUAUCGGACAAAGAUUUACAUCGCCAUUCACGGAUCCACGAACAAGAGGCGAUCCUCUCCCGACUGGUCCUCUUCGUUCGAGGUUAAGAAGAGGGUUUUAUCCAGUACCGCGUCCUCGCGGAGGUACUCAAAAUGUUCUGGACUAUAAACAAAAAAUUAGGAAUCAAAAUGUUGGUGCACAGUUCAAGUCGAUACUGACAGAUGUUCGAACAAAAGUCAAUCCGCUGUUAAUUAAAACAUUCAAACCAGGAGCGAAUCAAAUCAAACAUGAAGGAAUUAACGAUUUUCAGAUGAAGCAUAAAACUGCACAAGGGAAGUGA